AGGGUUUCAUAACGAGAUUCGUGCAUGCAUUUUUAUUUUCUUUUAAUUAUUAUUUGAAGCUUAAGGUUCAAGAUUUUCCAGCUCUAAAGUUCCUCACAGAUCUCUUUACAUCCUCAACUUACAAAUGCUUGUCAAGGUUUUCUUGUUGAAAUAGAAAGUGUGCAUGUCUGAACUAUACAGAAAUCGCAGAGGAAGAGAGACUCGGGCUCGUUUUUCACCUUCAUUUUGCAAGUUGUUAUCUGGGUUGAAAAUCCAAGGAGAACAGAGGAAGAGCUAGGUACUAAAAAAAAAAGGGACUUGAUUAAGGAUGGCAAAGAGAUUAUGCUUUCCAAAAUGUAGACUGGCAAGAAUAAUGGCUUGGCUUCAAAUAAUUUUGGGCGGGCUAGUUAUUAUCGUAAGCAUAGGAAGUCUAUAUAAAUUCUACAAGGCAGGAUUUUUCCUUCGUAAUGAAGAGAUAUGCAAUCAUUUUUAUGGUGUAAAUGAUGUUUAUGAGAGGUUUGAUGUGAGAGCAUUGACAGAUCGAAUUGGCGAAGUACUCGAUAGAAUGGAAAAGUUACAAGAGAAGCUGGAACUCUCUGUGCAAGAAAUGGAGAAGCACAAAGAUGUUUUGGACAAAACUAACAUUACAAGAUUAGAGCAUAAAAGGUAUUUGGAGCAGGAAGUAAUUAGACCUCUCUAUAGUGCUCACCUUGCGCUUAGGCAGAUUCGGCUACCUAGGAUUACAAACUCAACAACAGAGGAGGAUCCUUUGAUUAACACUUUUAUUAUCGAGGAGAUUCGGAAGUACAUUACCCCAAAAGAAAACAGAAUUGGAAAGAUUAAUAUUUAUGGAACGGAGAAGGUAUAUAAUACUAUAGGGCAUGCUUGUGUUUUGAUGAAGAGAGAAUUUGAAGAAUACAUGGAAUAUGACAUUGGAUCUUACUGUAAAGAUGACUGGAACCUGGCUCAGAAGCUUAUGGUUAGUGGAUGUGAUCCCUUGCCACGGAGACGGUGCUUGACAAGGGCUUCCAAGGUGUAUCAGAGGCCUUAUGCAAUCAAUGAGUCCUUGUGGAAAUUGCCAGACGAUAGAAAUGUAAGGUGGAGCAAUUAUCAGUGCAGGAAUUUUCAGUGCUUAUCCAGCAAGAAUCCCAAGAGGGGUUAUUCAAAGUGCACUGGCUGUUUCGAGAUGGAGAAGGAAAAACUGAAAUGGGUUACUAAUAGUUCACCUCCCGUGGACUUUCUGAUCAAUGAUGUUCUUGCAAUCAAGCCUGGAGAGAUACGGAUUGGCCUCGACUUCGGCAUGGGGACAGGGACUUUUGCUGCUAGGAUGAGAGAAAGGAAUGUUACUAUUAUCUCCACUGCAUUAAACCUUGGAGCUCCAUUCAAUGAGAUGAUUGCCCUUAGAGGUCUGAUUCCUUUGUAUGUGACACUGAAUCAACGCCUUCCAUUCUUCGACAACACAAUGGAUUUGAUUCAUACCACUGGAUUUCUGGAUGGUUGGAUUGACCUGCUGUUGAUGGAUUUCAUUCUGUUUGACUGGGAUAGGAUAUUAAGGCCAGGAGGAUUGCUAUGGAUCGAUCGGUUCUUUUGCAAUAGGAAGGAUUUGGAUGAUUACAUGUAUAUGUUUCUUCAGUUCAGGUACAAGAAACACAAGUGGGUUAUUUCUCCUAAAUCAAAAGAUGAAGUCUACUUUUCUGCAUUGCUAGAGAAACCUCCAAGAGCUAUCUGAUAAAUAUAAUGUCUUGCCUUAUUCUUUUCUUUUGUACUUUUAUUUAUCUGAAGUUGUUGAUAUUCAUUCUAGGAAGUCAGACAUAUAUACAGCUCUGAUGAUACUGAAAAAGAAAAUAUCACUCAAAUGUGACUAUUCUUUGUUGCUUCA